CCAAACGGGGGGGAAAGUUUCCCCACCUGAUUUUCAUAUUUCAUUCAUUUGACUCAUGAGUCAGAUUGUACAGCAGAAAUGGGGGUAUCGGGGGGGGGGGGGGGGUUGAAAAUAUGUUACAGAUUGUUACAUGGGGGAAAACAGGUUACACCAGGACUCGAUUACUCCAGCGUCCGCCCUAGGCAGGCGCCAUGCCCAGAGGCGCGCAUCUUCGUUGCAGUUGCGCAAGAGUCGUUGUAGGCAAGGCUCGGCGCCGUCGAACACGACCCGGUUGCGGUGCUUCCAAAUGUUCCAGCAGCAUAGGAAGAGGAAAACCGACCCGUGGGGAUUCGGGGCGGGGCUUGAUGCUGUGAGAGAUUGUAGUGUUUCGACGGUUGCAUGUGCAUUUAGCUCGAAACCAACUUGUCGCCAGAAGGCCGCCGCCACUGGGCAGUGGAAGACGAUGCUUUUGGAUGUUAGAAGGUCAAAGAAGAUGUUUGGUUUCUCCAUUUCGCUUAUCCUCAUCAACCUAGCUUCCAUAUUAGAACGAGCAGAUGAGAAUCUCCUCCCAGCUGUUUACAAGGAAGUCAGUGCUGCUUUCAAUGCUGGUCCUACUGAUCUGGGGUACCUUACAUUCAUGAUGAACUCUCUGAAGUCCAUAGCAUCUCCCUUGGCAGGUGUCCUUGCUCUUCACUAUGACCGCCCUGCAGUUCUUGCAAUAGGGACUGCCUUCUGGGCUUUAUCAACAGGAGCUGUUGGUGUCAGCCAGUAUUUUGGGCAGGUUGCAUUCUGGAGAGCUGUAAAUGGUUUUGGACUUGCCAUUGUAAUACCAGCGCUUCAAUCCUUUAUUGCUGAUAGUUACAAAGAUGGCACACGUGGAGCAGGAUUUGGUUUGCUAGCACUUAUUGGUUCAGUAGGUGGUAUAGGAGGCAGUGUUUUGGCAACAAUAGUGGCUGGAGGGGAUUAUUAUGGUUUGCCAGGAUGGCGGCUUGCAUUUAUAUCGGUUGCAUUUGUGAGCUUCAUAAUUGGACUUCUUGUAUACCUUUACGCAGUUGAUCCUAGAAAAACGUCUCCAAGCCAUUAUGGUGGUGAUGAGGACAAUGAGAGGUCACAUUUGGUUAGCAAUGGUAUCCUUCCCCCACAUUCCAUCUGGAAGGAUUCAUGGAUGACGGCGAGAUCAGUAAUGAAAGUGCGGACAUUUCAAAUCAUUGUAUUGCAAGGCAUUGUUGGCUCUUUGCCAUGGGCUGCUGUAGUUUUCUUCACCAUGUGGUUUGAACUCAUUGGUUUCGACAACAGCAGCUCUGCAGCACUAAACAGCUUUUUUGCUAUUGGGUGCGCCAGUGGAUCAUUUCGAGGUGGCGUAAUAGCAGAUCGCCUAUCAAGAUACUAUCCAGAUUCUGCUCGAAUCAUGUGUGCUCAGUUCAGCGCCUUCAUGGGCAUCCCUUUUUCAUGGAUCCUCCUUACAGUCAUUCCCCAGUCUGUUGAUUACUGGUUGGCCUAUGCUGUCACACUCUUCUUAAUGGGCAUUACCAUAAGCUGGUGUGCUACUUGUGCAAACAACCCUAUGUUUGCAGAGGUCGUUCCUCCCAAGCACCGCACAAUGAUCUACGCCUUUGAUCGUGCAUUUGAAGGCUCAUUUGGCUCACUGGCUGCACCUGCUGUUGGCAUCGUCACUGAAAAGAUUUAUGGCUACAAUGCAAAGACUAUUGAUCUAACGCACGGAUCGGUCGAAGGAGCUUAUGCACUAUCGAGAGGUCUAUUGACUAUGAUGAUUGUCCCUUUUGCUCUGUGUCUCAUGUUUUACACCCCAUUGUACACUGUGUUCAAGCGUGACCGAGAAAAUGCUAGAUUAGCCAGCAUCAAAGAACAGGAGCUCAUAUGAAAGGUUUCUAACGAGGAAUAAUGAUGUGGUUUUUUAUUUGGUUGGUUUCAAUUGCUAGUUUCGAUUGUUAACAUUUACAACGCUGCCAACCUUGAAGUUUUGAUUGAAGUACUUUGGUUGUUGGUUAGGAAAUUCACUUUUCAUGUCCUUCAGGCUGAUGGCAUACAGGAGCACACGUUUUUGUAUACAAAUGAUUAAUUGGAUGGCAUCAUAACUCUCAAUGUAGUCAGUUCAUUGUACAUGUAGAUCUUAUCUGGAGAGUGCAUUCUCAUUGUGUUACUAUAGUCAGUAUGUAAACUUGUAUUGAAUUGCCUGAACCAUGAUGCCAGGCCGAUGCUGAUAUCAUUACAAGAACUCUUGUACCAGAUUCAGUUUAUCAAUACAAGAAGAUUCAUACCUUUUUGACA